CCACUCCCUCUGUCGGGAGGGAGAUGGAAAUGUCAGAGAUUAUAAUCCUAUCCCUUUCAAAACUUUGAAGGAGCUCAAGCAAUCCUGCUCUCAAUAUGGCCCAACUGCUCCUUUUACCCUCACUCUCUUGGAAGUGAUAUCCACUGAAGCUCUGAUUCCUAAUGAGUGGCGAAUGCUUGCUAAGGCAUGUCUCACUGGAGGUGAUUAUUUGUUAUGGAAGAGUGAAUUUGUAGACUUGUGUGUACAACAGGCCAACAGAAAUCAAAUGCAUAACAUUCCCAUCAGUCUGGAUAUGCUCACUGGAGAAGGGCAGUAUUCUGCCUUGAUGGAUCAGCUUCAGUUCCCUUUACAGGCUUAUCAGCAAAUUAACAUUUGUGGAAGCAAGGCUUGGAGGAGCCUGCCCACCGCAGGGGCUACAACUGAGGAGCUGAGCAGCAUUCGGCAAGGCCCAGACGAGCCAUUUCAGGAAUUUGUGUCUCGCUUACUGCAGGCCAUAUCCAGAGUAUUUUCUGAUUCUGAGGCUGGAAAUGUUCUUGCUAGACAGCUAGCCUAUGAAAAUGCCAACAGUACAUGUCAGGAUCUAAUUCGGCCUUAUAGAAAAAAAGGAACUCUUUCAGACUUUAUCAAACUUUGUGCAGACGUGGGAACUUCUUACAUACAGGGUGCAGCAUUGGCCACCAAAUUACGUAAAACAUUUGGCCCAACAAAGUGGCCCCGCCCCCAAUUAGGAAUAAGACCUCAUCUUAAAGGUAGAUGUUUUCACUGUGGACUAUUAGGCCAUUUUGCUCGAGAGUGCCCUUAUCCUAAAGACCUUCUGAGGGAAAAGCCAAAUAGAACUCCUGGAAUUUGCCCGCGAUGCUGCCGAGGCAGGCAUUGGGCUAAUGAAUGUAAGUCACAAACUGAUAUUCAAGGUCUACGAUUGUCGGGAAACUCCCAGCGGGGCCCGCCCCGGCCCCAACAAAUAAUGGGGGCCCUGUCCAUGACUCCUUCAAGUAUCCUUCCUCACGCAAAACAGUCCAACAGCUUUGUCGAGCAACCCCAGGAAGCACAGGAUUGGACCUCAGUCCCUCCUCCAGAUUCAUACUAACUCCUGAUAUAGGACCUCAAGCUAUUCCCACCGGGGUGUAUGGUCCUUUACCUCCUGGUACAGUAGGCCUUAUCUUAGGCAGGAGUAGCUGGAAUUUAAAAGGACUGCAAGUGCAGCCUGGAGUCAUAGACUCCAAAUACAUGGGUGAAAUUAAAGUUAUAUGUUGUUCACCUUUCAGAAUUAUUCAAAUGUUAUCCUCUGAUCGUGUAGCUCAACUUGUUGUGUUGCCUUUUAUACAAACUGGCUGGAGUCAGUCUUCUCAGAUGAGAGGGAACCACGGCUUUGGUUCCUCAGAUGCCUUUUGGAUCCAACGAGUAGGACUUGAACGACCUACUUUAACUCUUCGGAUUGAUGGGAAAUGUUUUGAAGGCCUCGUGGAUACUGGAGCCGAUGUGUCUGUCAUUUCAUUACGGCAGUGGCCCACCACUUGGCCCACCCGAGAGGCUAUGGCUGAUUUGCAAGCCCUAGACCUCAAGUUGCUCAGAUGAUGCUGAAUCAAGGGCAUGUACCUGGAACUGGUCUGGGAAGUGAGGGCCAAGGUAGGCCAUUCCCAAUUUCCCCUCAGCCUCACCAAGAUCGGUCUGGCCUAGGGUACCAUCCAAAUUUGCCCUAGGGGCCUUGGUAUCUCCUGCCUCCCUAACAUUGACAGCCUCUAAAAUACAAUGGUUAACUGACAAGCCCCUCUCGGUGGACCAACGGCCCCUGACUCAGGAGAAACUGCAAAUUGCUAGUGUCCGAACAAUUGAAAGCUGGACAUAUUGAGGAGUCUUUUAGUCCUUGGAACACUCCCGUCUUUGUGAUAAAAAAGAAACAGCUGGUCACUGGAGGCUCCUACAGGACUCCGGCAAAAGUAAUGCUGUCAUGGUUACAAUGGGAGCAGCCCAACCGGGACUGCCCUCCUCCACCAUGAUCCCUUGGAAACACUCCCUCAUUGUUAGUGACUUGAAAGAUUGUUUCUUCUCUAUCCUUUUAAUCCAGAGGAUAGGGAACGCUUUGCUUUGAGCUUGCCCUCGAUUAACUUUAAAGAACCCAUGAAGAGAUACCCCUGGAAAGUCCCUCCUCAAGGAAUGGCUAACAACCCCACCUUGUGUCAAACAUUUGUGGCACAAGCCACUUGAGUGUUAUGUGACGAAUAUCUGGAAGCAUAAUUAUCCAUUAUAUGGUGACAUUCUCUGCUCCCAUGCUGACCCCCAGUUUUGUCUCAGCUUUAUGGACUGCUUCAAAUACAAUUGGAUGCCCAUAGACUACAUAUUGCUCCCGAAAAGGUGCAGAUGCAAGCUCCAUUCUUCUAUUUGGGAACUCAUAUUUUAUGAAGGAUCAUUCAGCCACAAAAAGUAGAAAUAAGAACUAAGCACUUACAUACCCUGAACAAUUUCCAAAAAUUACUUGGAGACACUAAUUGGUUACAACCUUUUCUAAAACUUACCACAGGACAGUUACAACCUCUUUUCCAGAUCAUUCAAGACGAUGCCAACCCUUCCUCCUCCAGACAUUUGACACCCGAUGCCAUGCUGCAUUUAAAAGCAUCUGUGUUACCAAUGCACCUUAUACCAGUUCCCGAUGGGAAUGGCACAAAAUUCGCAGCCAUCUCCUAGGGGCAAGGCAACAUACAAAUCUUAGCCUUGAUCUGCAUAACCUACAUCAAGAGAUAUUAGACAUCCAAAAUACCCGAGUGGAUAUGAUAGAUCCUCGAGAUCUAGCAAAACAAGUCCUGGAACAUCUUAAAGGAUUUAACCUGUUCAAUAUGCUGAAACAUACCCUCUCAUACUUGAUUGUUUUGGUGUUUGUGAUAAUUGUUUUGUUUUACUUAUUAUUAGUUGGCUGGCAAGUCCUUAAGAAAAAAAUCCACGCAGACAGAUUGAAUCUACAUCAACUAUGGCUUCAAUUAAAGAAAGAGGGGAGAGAACUCCCUCCACCAGAUUUAUUUCUGUAACCUUUCUUCUUCCUUCCUAAACACAGACCUUUCUAGAAUUCCCACACACGCCUUAUGUCAAAAACCCUCUUUGAGGUAAAAUCUGGGUACCCCAAGACAUGUGACCAGAGCUGCGGCUCCACCUGCAGGCGAGGACACACUGAGGCAGGUGCUGGGCAUGGAGGCCAUGGGGGCAUAAACAACCGAGGAGACAGAGGACUGACCCUCUUGAAGGACGCUGCUCCUCUCUCACUGACAUGCCUCGCAUCACCCUGCUUGGCCCCGGAGGAUGGCUGGUUAGCCAGAGACGGGUAAGAUUCCUCAAGGGAGGAACAACCUAAGACAGGCACAGUCACAGAGGGGCCAUCAGGAGUGAACUUGGGGGCCAACAGAGGUGGGGCUCAGAUCCUCACCCCCCCAGCCUUGCAGAGGCCCAAACCAACACCAUCUCUGAGAGAAGUCUUCUGUCCCCAUGGCUGCUUUGCUGCCCAUGCUCAGCUCAGAUCGAGACCCAGGUGGUCGACAGAGACCUGACCAACAGCAGCUGUAGGGAAGGGCUGUGUUGGGACACCUAUUUGCUGUACUCCUUAUUAUAUCUCUCUUUACCACUGAAGCUUUUUAAUAAAGAAAAAAGGGGGAAAUGUGGAGGGCCGGAAAUGAAGUCACCGGGUGCGAGGUCAGCUGGAAGUGACAACACCGAAAGUGACAUCACUGUGGGAUAGGUCACAGGAAAUGAGCCUGUGUAUAUAAGCAGUGCUCUGAAAUAAAACUGCGUCACUUGUCCAUCACCAGUGGUCAGUGAA